AAAAAAUCAUUCUAGGACUUAUUUUCGAGUUAGGUCUUAUUUUGGGGGGAAAUACGGUAUAAAUGUCAACUUCGCAGGCAGAGUGGGAAAAUUUAAGCUCCUUAUACAAGUGUGAUUGACCUCAGUUGCCGAAGGAUGAGCACUAAGAACUUGUGGUUCCUGAUGUUAGCAGUUACUUAUCUACUGUCCAAUGUGGCAUCAGAAGCUUUUGGACUUUCCAGAGUACGAAGAAAUGACAAGCAAUUAAACGUUUUACACUUCAGUCAAGGCAGGAUGAAUGCCAAAGACCCAACAAGCUUACGACAUGAGAGACCUGCUUUUUGUCGUGAUCUUGACUGCCCAGAGUUCACGGUUGUCAAAAAUGAGACAGGAUACGAGCUAAGGGAAUAUAUGCCGACUCACUGGGUAUCAAGUAAUGUUGCUGGCUUGAGUUACGACACUGCUGUGUACCAAGCAUUCAUGCGCCUCUUUGGCUAUAUAAGUGGUGAAAACGAGAAAAAAGAGAAGAUCACCAUGACAGCUCCUGUCAUCACUCGCGUCAUCCCUGGCCAGGGGCCAGCUUGUGAGAAUAAUUUCACUGAGUCAUUCUUCAUUUCACCACAAGUUGACCCCCCUUCUCCAUCUAACCCAAAGGUGUUCCUGAGUUCCCUACCAAAGAUGCUGGUCUAUGUCAGGUCAUUCCCUGGUUUUGCUACAGAGAGCGAUUGGCUGGCUCAAGCUAGGGAACUUGCAGCAGCUCUGGGUCCUAAUGCAACCUACAUCAAGGACUAUUUCUACACUGCUGGUUAUGACAGUCCUUUUCAAAUCUUUAACCGUCACAAUGAGAUAUGGUUCAUUGCUCAGUAACUUGACAACUGUUUCCUAAAAAAACAGGUGUUUGCAUAAUAAGGGAAAACCGUAACAAUGAAUCUCGAGAAUAUGUAUCUGAAAAUGGCAAAUUCUGAUCGCUUGUUGUGACAAAAUGUAUUUUUAAUCUGGUUUGUUUUGCAAUUUUCUUGCUAGCUCUAGACAAAGCAGUUCCAACAUAUUUCUCUUAUGCAGGCACAGUAUUUUGAGCACUUGACUCCAGUAGUUACGUCUUGGAGAAGGAAAACCAGUUUUAAACUAAAAUGCUUUGUAGACGAUUGUUUUCAAAGAAAUGAGAAAGGUUGGUUGUAGGUGAGGGAAAGUAGAAAUCAUCGUCCAUGCGUAGACUCGCUUAUCAAAUACAUAGCAACGUAUACCUAACAGGCUUACUGCAUAAUUUCAACAGUUAUACUGUACUUAGCUAUUUAAACUUUUUUGUUGUUCAUUCAGGUUUGCUUCUGUAAUCUAAAUAUUCUGUUUAGUAGCUACAAAGAUCAUUUAUUUUCUUUAGUGGUAAAUGGUAAUAGCUCGGACUGUUCAACUUAACGUUUUUGUGUGUGUAUGUGCGAGAGAGAGAGAGACUGUGAGGGAAAGAGUAACAGCAGUUAAUGCUCAAUGACAGAAAUGUCUGUUUGCACCUUUUUACAGUUAUAGUUUUCUAUAAAAAAAAAUAUAACAUUAAAUACAUUCCAAUAUAAAGUUUGAAAUUUACA